CAGCGGGCGGCGAGGCCCGCGGCGCCCGAGGCACCGCCGCACGAGCCCCAUGGGGCGCCCGCUGCUGCCGGCCAGCGGGGCAGGGGCCCAUCGCCGCCGCCUUCAGGCGCGGGCGCGGGCGCGGGCGCGGAGGCCUCGAGCCCUGAGGCGGAGGUCCGCCGGCCGCUCGGCGUGUUGUCCCUGCAGCAGAUCACGGAGGCCUACGCGGCCGCCAUGGGCGCCCAGCAGCGGGCGGCUAACAAGCCGCGGGCCGCCUCGGGAGCGGCGGCGGCCGCGGGGGAGAAUGCCGCGCACGCGCAAGACUGGCCGCAGAGGAAGAGGCGUGGCCGCGGGGGGGACCGCCUCGCAGCCACUGCUCGGGCAGCGCGCUGGAUGUGA